AUGGCUGGCCUUUUCAACUUCUCGGGUCCCUCGAGCAUAGGGCGUUCUGAUCCCUUCUUCGCGCCUUAUGCCCAUCAGCAACCACCGAAUCCGUACAAUCCCGCGGGCAUAUUCAAUGUCGAGGGUAUGGUCGUCGCAGUGACAGGAGGAGGCACAGGAAUCGGCCUGAUGAUUGCCUCCGCACUGGAAAACAACGGCGCUAUAGUCUAUAUUCUUGGCCGCAGACUAGAGGUCUUGGAAAAAGCCGCCAGAGAGCACAGUAGGUUUGGCAACAUAAUACCUCUACAGGGCAACAUUGCCGACCGUGAUAGUCUUGUACGAAUCACAGAUAUCAUCAAAGAACGGCACGGCUAUAUAGAUUUGCUCGUUAACAACGCAGGCGUCGCCAGAAAUCUGUACAACCACCCACUCCCCACUCCCUUCAGUUCACCCUCCGCCAACCCACCAUCGCCACCAGGAUCACCGACUACCACGCCGUCGGUUCCAUCGAUUAAAGCGUUCCAAAACGAAUUAUGGAACACGGGCUCGCCGGAUGAUUUUGCGGAGACAUUCUCUGUGAACGUCACUGCGGUAUACUACACAACCGUCGCUUUCCUCGAUCUACUUCACCAGGGUAAUCUACGAAAGCAACACGGUGAGCUGCGAAUGACCGGCCUCACACCGCAGGAAUUCCGCCCUCCGCACCACAGUUCACAAGUCCUCACAGUAUCAUCCUCUGGGGCAUUCCGAUUGGACUCAAGGGUUCUGUCGAUGUCGUACACAUUAUCGAAACACGCCACAACUCACCUCGGCAAGCUCCUCGCAAAUUUACUCGCCCCGUGGGGAAUCAGGAGCAACAUCUUGGCGCCUGGCGUUUGGCCCAGUGAAAUGACAACAGAACCAACCCCGGGGUUCAAAAUGUCUCCUGAUGCCUUAGCACGAAACGUGCCUCUACGGCGCGCUGGUACAGAGGAGGAUAUGGCUGGGACUAUAUUGUUCCUGGCUAGCCGCGCGGGUGCCUAUGUGAACGGUGCUGUUUGGCUGGUCGAUGGAGGCCGCGUGGGCUCCGUAGCAAGCAGUUAUUGA